CAGGAGUACGAGAACGGCGUCGUCCGUGAGGUGGUCGUCGAGAAUUUCAUGAACCACAGCCACCUGCGUGUGGAGCUCGACCCCCACGUCAACUUCAUCGUCGGCAAGAACGGCUCGGGCAAGUCCGCCGUCGUGCUCGCGCUGCAGGCGGGACUCGGCUGCAAGGCACAGGCGAGCGGCAAGAACACGAGCACGCACAAGAACUACAUCAAGCACGGCGCGGACUCCGCGUGCAUCAAGAUCCACAUCGCCAACGGGGGGGGCGACCCGUACAGGCCCGACGACUUUGGCGAGACGGUCGUCGUCGAGCACCGGAUCGAAAAG